AUGGAUCAUUCUGCAACAAGAACAAAUAGAUUUGCUGGGUUUUUCGUUUUGUUUUGGUUAGCUGUUGCUGUUGUUGUCGUUGAUAGUGUUGUUAACUAUAUAAGAGCUUAUGGAUUAGAAUCACAAAUUGUUACAUUAUUAUUGACUGAUUUGUUUGAUAUUGCAUUUAUGGAUUUAUUGAUGUAUUUAUCUAUAUAUUUUGCUUUUAUUUUACAUUCAUUUGUGGCUAAGGGGUUUUUAUCAUGGUCCAAGAGUGGGUGGAUCAUUUUAUCAUUUUAUGAAUUUAUAUUUCUUGUUGUAUUUAUGUCAAUUGCUGAACAUAGAAAUUUCCCAUGGAUUGGUAAAAUUUUCUUAUUUUUACAUCAAUUGGUGCUAUUAAUGAAGAUGCAUUCUUAUGGGUUUUAUAAUGGUUAUCUUUGGAGAAUUUAUGAUGAAUUGAAAUUUUCCAGACAAUUUCAGAAAAAAAAUGAAGAUAUUGAAGAUGAUCAUGUUAAAAAUUUAAUUAAUGAAUCAAUAGAAUUUUGUGAAUUUGAAUUACAAUCUCAAUCAAAUAUUGAACCAUUCCCAACAAAUAUUAAUUUGAAGAAUUUCUUCAAUUAUACAAUGUUUCCAACUUUAAUUUAUCAAAUUGAAUAUCCAAGAACUGAAAGGAUUAGAUGGUCAUAUGUUGGUGAAAAAUUAUGUGCUAUCUUUGGUAUUAUCCUGUUGAUGAUUGUUAUUGCUCAAAAUUACAUGUAUCCAUUAGCAAUCAAGGCUCUAGAAUUAAGAACAUUACCAUUAAAUGAAAGAAUCUUACAUUAUCCAUUAUUAUUAUUAAACAUCAUGCCAAGUUUCUUGUUGAUUUAUAUCCUUGUUUGGUAUUUAAUUUGGGAUGCAAUCUUGAAUUGUAUUGCUGAAUUGAGUAAAUUUGGUGAUCGUGAUUUCUAUGGUGAUUGGUGGAAUUGUGUUUCUUGGGAUCAAUUUGCAAGAGAAUGGAAUAUACCAGUGCAUAAAUUCUUAUUAAGACAUGUUUAUCAUAGUUCAAUUAGUGCUUUAAGAUUAAGUAAAACUUCAGCCACUAUUUUCACUUUCUUAUUAAGUUCAAUUGUUCAUGAAAUGGCCAUGUAUGUUCUUUUCCAUAAAAUGAGAGGGUAUUUAUUAUUAUUACAAAUGUUUCAAUUACCAUUAGUUGCCAUUUCUAAAACCAAAUAUUUGAAAGAGAGAAGAACUUUAGGAAAUAUUAUAUUUUGGGUUGGUAUUGCAUCUGGACCAUCAGUUAUGUGUACCUUAUACUUGACUUUUUAG